AUGAAGGUGGAUACAAAACUUAACAAUGAAAGAGUCUUUAGGAGGCUUCAGAUUAAGGUUGAUGAUAAGACCUAUUCAAAUCUCCGAUGCUUGCUUAAGACCUUUGGGUGUGGCAUCGCAUGGUUUCUUCAUCUGUCACUCUAUCUUUUGUACAAGGAUUACCAAGGAGACCAGAAGCUCACUAUCACCACUUACUCUUCAACCGGUGUUGCAAUCACUACAAGUGGAACAAACAAGGGAAAUUGGUUUGUGGGUGAUGUAGCUACCCAAGUGAAGAACAAGAAUUUCACUGUUGAUAUCAAAGUUGCUUAUGAUUCUUCUAUCCUUACCAUUUUUACCUAUGACGAGGCUACCCCUGGAUUGAAGGCAAUCGUUAGCGCCAAGGUGCCUGAUCAGAAAUCUGCUAAAGUGGAGCUCCAGUAUCUGCACCCACAUGCUGGUAUUUGCACCAGCGUUGGAUUGACAACCAACCCUGUUGUCAAUUUCUCCGGUGUGAUUGGAACCAGUGUCUUGGCUCUUGGUACCGAUGUGUCCUUUGACACUGAAUCUGGCAACUUUAAAAACAGCUAAAAAUGAAUACAUGAUGUGGUUGAGGAAUUUACAGUAACAUGCUGGACAUCUCAUGGUUUGUUUCACACAGCACCACUUAGUGGCUGUAAUUGUUAUCUAAAAGGAGGCUAUUGCGAUGCAUGGUCCAGGGUCCAAAACAAACCCGAUACUGAUUCCCCGCAGAGACAUUGGUGGUAGAACCUACACUUUUCAGCUCAAGCUAUCAGCUAACAGGUAACGGUGGCUCUGGAGACAAUAUGUGUGGAUCAUAAUCUCUCUUUUCUCCAAGAAAUUUAAUGGAGACAAACACAGUGCAGGGGAACCACAUGUAAUCGAGAAAGCUGUCAGCGAUCAACAACGUCUGGUGGAACUAACAUGCAUCUGUCUAGGCUACUGUAUGCGGCAGCAUUGGGAACGACCCCAUCGUCCCAACACCGGAUCAUGCACCCAAGAAGGCACGUUUUCCAUAUAACUCCACUACAACUUUUGUUAAAAUAAUGGUAUCAUUUCCAGUGCUUUCCUUUUCUUUUCCCUACAUAUUCCCUGAUAGUGUGUACUCAGAAUUUAAUCAUAUUGAAAUUUCAUGUCAAUGGUUCUGGUCCACCAUUCCUUAAUGGUGGGGAAAGACGGGACAUGGUUUGAGAAAGCUGAGAAUGUUUGUUUGGAACUCAGAAAUGUCCCCAAAAAGAGAAUGAGAAAUGCUAAGUUAGAGUUAGUUUCUUAUUACCAUGUAUUAAUUACUUUUUCAGUACACUAAUUUGUUGACUUUUUGUUUAGAGCUUUUAACUAAAUAGACUUUUUUUUUGUUUGCGAGCCUC